AUGGGGGGUGGAAAGUGGCUGCCACAUAUGGAAGGAAAUAUCAGAGUUUCAAAAAUAUGGGCUGAUAUAAUUAAUGCAGUUAGAUCUCAGCCUGAAUUUUUAAAUGUCUAUCUUGAUAAUGCAGUCAUUCAGUUGGGAAAUGGUAGGAGAGCUCAUUUUUGGUUACAUAAAUGGUCCGGGGAAUUGUGUCUUAAGACCGAGUUUCCCAGACUAUUCUCUCGGUCCACUGACAAGUAUGGAACAGUUUCUGAAUUCUACACCAGAAGAGGAGGGCUGCAGGAUUGGAAUCUGGAUUUUAGGAGGCCUUUGUUAGCCUGGGAGGAGGAUGAGGUACGUAGGUUAUAUAUCUUAAUCAGUACUGUACCAGCUAUUCGGGUCUCAAGUCCAGAUAUUUGGAUAUGGAAGGCUGAUCCAACUGGGUCGUUCUCUGUUGCAUCAAUGUACAAAAGAUGUGAAUUGUUCUUGGGACCUAUUAGGAAUAUGGCAGUGGCAGUUUGGCAUAACUGUGCCCCUCUUAAAGUAAAAUUCUUUGGGUGGUUGGCAUGGCAAGGUAAAGUUAAAACAUCAAGUUUCCUGCAAAGAAUAGGGAUCUUAGAUGUGAAUGCUAAUGUGGGUUGUGUCUUCUAUCAUGAUGAGGUGGAAACAUGGGUUAUACCAAACUCAGUGGAAAGAUUGUUGGAUUGGUGGUCAUUUUGUAAGAUGAAAAAGAUUGAGAAACAGCUAUGGAUGGUUGUACCUUUGGCUGUCCUUUGGUCCAUAUGGAAGCAUAGAAACGACUGUGUGUUUAAUGGGUUGCAGCCAAAUAUUGAAGAUCUCUAUGAGCUGGUCAAAGUAAGAAUAGCUGUGUGGAUUAAAUCGUCCCCAGUCAAACUGGAGUUCUCUGUCAAUGAUGUAGUCCUUAACUUGCAGCAGGUCCAAUAUUGUAUUCGUAAUAGGAGUUGA